GUUAGUUUGGCCGCUGCUCUCAAGGGUUUUGUUUGCUUGAUUAUCUAAUUGAUUGCAACGUUAACUCAUCGUUUUUUGUUCGUACGCAAUAAACAAAAACGGAUUACAAUGAUUACAUUCUUUUCUAAUAUCCCAAUAUUUAAAGAUGAAAAAAAUCUUGAUAUACAAACAUUUCUACAAUUAUCCAAAAUGAUUUGUGAUUUUUUCGGUUUAUGGGAUUCAAAAUUUUCAUUAUUACGAAAUGAUGUGGAAGGGAAUAUUAAAAAAGUAUCACGUGCAUCUACCAAUCUCCAUGUGAAUACGUUAUAUGACUUAUUAGCUAAUGAAAUAAAUCGUGAUGAUUCUUCCGGAUCAAUUGGUUUAUUAUGGUUAAAGCGUACAUUUCAAUUUCUUAUUUGUUUCCUGCAUUAUUUUGCUCAAUCUAAGAAUAAUGAAUUAAUACGUGAUAUGAUUAUAAGAGCUUAUGAUAAAACAUUGACAAGAUAUCAUAACAAAUUAAUGCGUCAUGCAUUUCGUUUUGUUUUACUCAUUGUCCCUAAACGAUCGGUAUUUAUUAGAAAAUUAGGAUUGGAACAGGAUAAUUGUGAAUUAUUGAUUACAUUGAAAUCAAUAAUUUCAUAAACUCAACUUCUGUGUAUCCCUUUACUUACUUACUUACGCCUGUUACUCUCAAUGGAGCAUAGGCCGCCAAACAGUAUUCUCCAACCCACUCUGUCCUGGGCCUUCUUUUCUAGUUCUAUCCAAUUGUUGUUCAUUCUUCUCAUAGCUGUCUCCAAUUCUCGGUGUAAUCUGUUCUUUGGUCUUCAUCUUUUCCUUUGAUUUUGAGGAUUUCAAGUGAAAGCUUGCCUUGUGAUGCAGUUCGGUGCUUUCCUCAAUAUAUGUUCUAUUUACUUCCAGCGCUUUCUUCUGAUUCCUACCUCCAUUGGGAUUUGGUUUGUU